CACAGAGAGUGGACUUCAGCAUGGUAUGCUUGCACAAUGGGUAUGAACAAAUAUAAAUACACCAAAUCUCUCAGUAAUAAGAUACACUGCGAAAAGACAAGAGCUUCAAGAGCAGGUUGAUCAUGGCAUCGCACACCUUAUUCUGCUGUUCCCUCCUGCUCCUCUUUCUGUACACUGCCUCUACAUUUCCGACCAUUGAUACAAUCAGGGAUCUGAGAGGUAUAUGGUACGGCAACAUCUUCCCACGACAUGGUCUCCAUCUGCUUUACUGGUUUGUUGACCAAUCAGAGAUUGACAAAAGCCAUGACAUCAUCCAAACCCAUUUCGAUCCAGCCAGAGGUGACUAUGGCUUUGGUUACUUCAAUAAUAACGACAGUUUCCUCCCAGCUCUGACCGAUCCAAAGAGGCAAGCUUACUAUGCAGUGGGGGAUAUCAGUAAGGCUAAAUCUUGGGCCUUGCCUGAGUAUAUCACUCAAAACUACUACAACUCACUGAAGUCGGGGAACAGAAACAGGGAUCGGAUGAUUGUCAGGGUUGCCCGGGCCAAUGGGUCAAAUCAGUUCAGGUUGGACGAGGUCUUUGUCACUCAAAUGUAUCCUCUCAAUGACAACCAAGUGAAUUCCUUUGAUCCAAAUCACACGAAUAGAAUUGGCUUCGACCUCUUACGAGAAAUUCAGACGUUACAGAUGGUCAGAGGAAGGAACAACACAUUGGCCGGUCUGGAGGCAUUUCUGACGCAAUCAGGAUAUCAAACGUGCCCGACACCCGAAUUUCAAGUCUGUUCCGCAAAGUCGGUCCGAUUCCAAAGGCUUCAGAUGGUGGAAAUGAAGACUGAGGACGAUUGUCACCCGCUGAGGCUUGACGUCAAACCAGCUGAGAACGGCUACCUGAAAAUGAGUUGGAGCAACCUACCAAAGUCCAUCAUGGACCGUUACAUGGUGGUGGGGCUUUUCAAGGACGAUGCUAGUACGACCAAACUAGCUGAGUCCUCCGUCGGCAACGACACAUCUGGAACCUCAGACGUUUCCGUGGCCCUGAACCCCGGUCUUCAGGUCAGGCUACUUAAAGGGAAAUCUCUCUGGGACAUGAACGACAGGGAAGUCUGGAGAGGUGCGGAAUUUGACGAUGCGGACGGUUUGAUUCCCAUUGUCGUGAAAGGCUACGAUGCCAGUCUGCAACUCUACACUAAAAAUGGCUACGCCUGCGCUCGCCUGUUCGUGAAGAAAUCCUUCGCUGACUGGAAGGAGGUGUUUAAUUACUCGUGGGUAGGGUUCUACUCGGCAAACAGCGUCAACAACAACGAGUACCAAACCUUCCAGUGGGCAGGGUCUUUCACUAAAGAGAUUUCCUCAGAGGAGAUACCUGAGUAUGAUGUCUAUGUUUAUGAGUCCAGUAUGGCCAUUUCUCCAGGUGCCCAGGCCCGAUUCAUGCUGUCGAAAUACAACGAAGUAGCACGUACUGUGGCCUGGGAAAGUCAACCCUAAAAACCGAAGCCAUCUAUGAAAUGGACAUCAUCUUUUUACUUCAUGUCAUGGUGAUGCUGGGGUCUUUGAGGCUUAUAUCAUGUAUUUAACCUUUGAAUCAUUGUUGUUUCUGUAACUUUAUCAGACAUAUGACUGAAUGAACUUUUUCAAGGAACCACGUAUUUUAACCUAUAGGAGUUCGACCACAUUACUACAUUUCUUUGGCACCCUUGUUCCAUGAAUAAUUCUGUUAACUCUUGACUUUAUUCACAAAAUAUAACGUAAUUGUAAUCAACUGCAAUAAGUAAGCUAUGCAACCCCUCACUUUUGGGUUAAUUGAAAAUGAAAUCCUCUUCAUAAUAUCGCUAUUUUUUAAAACAAGCCAUUGAAAGCUGGUCGCAAUUACAGUUUCAUCCACCAGAAAUGACAGAACAAAUAUUACAACCAAUAUUUUGUUUAAACUCAAAAUUACUAAUCAAUUAAAAAAAAACAUUAUUCAUGGUAAAAAAAAAAAUUAAACUAUAUAAUCUUUCUAAAUGAUAUUAUAACCAGGAUUGGUGGAGUUCUGUCACACACGCAGUUAACAAAAAAUAUAUGGAAAUGUCUUCCCUAUCCAAAAUUACAUCCAACUGAUUGCAGCAUUACUGCAAAAAUACAGACCUUGUCUGUCGACCCUUCAUUAAAAACCAAAAUUGUUUAAAAAAAAAUGUGAUUGAUUAAUUUUUUUAUCCAGUUCUAUUUAAGGACCAACAAAUUGACUACUGCGCCAUACAGGCUGCAAAAUAGUUGGGAAGAGAUUUUUGACGUGCCGAUUCCAUGGCACAUGUUUUAAGCACUGAUACACAAAACAACUCUUGAUUUAAAACAUCAAUUAUAAUACAACGUUCUUUCUACCAAUAGCAUGUUAUGUAUAUGGGGGAUACGACCAUCCCAGCUCUGAAGAUUUUGCUGCAAAGAGACAAAAUCAAUAGAUCACUUGUUCUGGUACCGUAGCUUGUUUCUGGUCAAAAUUGGCUGAAAAAUCACAUUUAACGAAAAAUAUCUCUGCAAAUACUGUAGCACCUUUGGGUGACUUGGAAAGCCAUAGUCAAUCAAUCAAUAAUAUAAUAUAAUAUAAUAACACUCUUAGUGAAAAAUAUUCCCCGUACACUCUUUGGAAUUGGCCUAUAUGGAUAGGACUAAAUGGAAAUGUUUCUUACAGAAGCUAUAUGGAAAGCAUAUGCAUAAACAUAUCAAUUUAAAAGUCAACAGUUUGGAGAUUCUGGGAAAAUUAUUAGACGAAAGGUGAGGACGCAACAGUUCACCUGACACAAGACAGAAUCCAAUGUGUACUUCACAUUUACUGUACUUUUCACCGUAUUUGUUUUUAACAAAAUCUGAAACUACUCUAGAUACAUUCAGUAACGUGAUAAGAAUAUUCAUAGAGACUUUUGAGUCGGUGCAAAAAAAUGAAAACUGUUUGAGUGAGAGGUCUAACUGGUGUUUCCAAGUGGCCACAUACCUCUCCAAAUUGAGCACAUUUCCUACGUAAUUGAAAUGUAAUUGUAUGAAUAAAAGAAGAGUCUUCAACCAUAAGUUGCUUUUUAUUUUGCUCUCCUAGCUGUGCCGGAACUAGAGCAAGCACUUGUAUUUGUUUGGUUUUUUGGAACACAGCCCUCCACAUACUUUUAAGUUAUGUACCCAGUAGGUCCCUCGGGUCCUCUGGCCUUUUAACUUUCCCAAAGACUAGGACCAAGAGGCAUGGAGAGUGUUUCGUAAUUAUGCCUCCAGCCUCUGGAAUAGCCUGCCAGAGAACCUGAGGGGUGCUGAAACUGUGGACAUAUUUAAAAUAGAUCUUAAAACACAUAUUUUUAGCUUUGCUUUUCCUUAGGGUGCUUUUUAGUAACCCAGUUUGUGUCAUUCUUUAGUUUUUUUAAAAAAUCUUGUGUUUGUUGUGUAGUAAAUAUUUCAGCUUUUAUUUUCAUUGUUUUCAUUAAUUUUCUCUUCAUGUAAAGCACAUUGUGUUGCAUUCCAUGUCUGAAAUGUGCUGUAUAAAUAAAGCUUGAUUGGAUUUGA